AUGAAAAUGUGCAUCCACACCCUAAAGACUGGGAGGAGAUAUGUUUAACAGCAUUCCUGUCCUCUCACAGUAAACCAGCUAAUGUUUCUGAACCCUGCACCGCUUCUGAAGAGUGUUUCGUGCAGUCUCUGUACUUGCAAAUACACAGGCAGAUAUGUGAUAGCGAACAGUCACAUGGGUUAUGACUGUAUAGUUGCACUCGAGGUGAUUUGAAUGAACUACGGGUCACCAUGAAGACCCAGAAGGAACCUCUGGAGGAGCUUUCAGCCUGGGGCAAGUCGUCAGGGCCCAACUCCUGGUCUCGGGUCAGCUGUCCCUGCUGUAUUUCCAGCCAAAUAGAGCCUCUGGUUCUGAUCCAGCUGUCUGAGAAUGUUCAGCCCAUCACCAAACAGUGGAUCAUGUCUGUGAUAUCAGCACCUGUGAAGACUGGAGGGUCCCAACUGUUAGUUCAUCCAGGUGAGGACAUGAAAGGGGACAUGAUAGUUGUGGCGGCCCCUCGCUGCACUCUUCUCAGGGUUACAGAGGACCUGGGGCUCUGUAAAACCUACCAGGACGGAAACAUGACAGCGUUUUCCUAUGAGGACAAAGACAACUUCUGCAACAUUGAGGACAUGCAGCGGUUCCUGACAUUGGCUGAGAGGCAGUUCAUCGUCAAACAUGAGCUGGAUUCCAUGAGAGCUUUGGAGGACCAGCGUAUCCCAGGAGUCCCUGCACCCAAGGGGAAGUUGAAAGCUAGAGAAAGCAUCUUACAGAAGCUGGAGAAAGCAGGCGUAAUCCGCAACAUCACUCCACUACAUGACCAAAAGAAGCUGACAGCAUUGGGGAAACAGUGGUACUCUCAGAAGAAUCUGUGGGGGCAGCCGCUAGAUGGCAUUCAAGCUUAUUUCGGUGGCACCAUAGCCUAUUACUUCAGCUUCCUGGACUUCUACACUUUGUCAUUGUUUCCUCCGGCCAUCCUGGGCCUGUUCAUCACCUUCUUCCUCCCCAGCAUAAACUUUUCAAGUGAAAACACAACAGCGAGCGAGUCUACGCAGGCAAAGGAAGAUGACGACCAGCCUUCUGUCAGUUCCUACAUGGUGCAGGCUGUGUUCAGCAUGCUUUGGUCCACAGUAUUCAUGGAGCUUUGGAAGCGUAGGAGCGCAGCCUUAUCUUACCGCUGGGGAACGUUUAAUUUAGCCGAACAGUUCCAAGAACCCCGACCGGGUUUCCACGGAGAAAUAGGCACCAAUCCGGUCACGGGACGGCUGGAGCCGUUGUUUCCCGAUUGGAAGAGGAGGGUCAGGAUAGGGUUGGUUUCGGUGCCUGUGGUCGGGGCGUUUUUAGGCCUAGUGGUCAUGGGAAUGGCAGGGUUCUACUUCUUCGAGCGACUGGUUUCUGGCUGGCAUAAAUCGUACGACUCGUACUUCACGGUUGCCUUGUUGUAUUUACCCUCCGUAGCUCAUAUUGUCUACACUAAUGUGCUGGGGAAUGUGUAUCGUAACGUAGCCCUGCAGCUAACAGAAGCGGAAAAUCAUAGAGAGGAGUCGUCCUUCGAUUAUCAUCACACCACCAAAGUCCUUGUGUUUACAUUUUUUAACAAUUUUGCCGUCCUGUUCCACAUCACUUUCUUCAAGGAGGACCUUGCUCUUCUGCGGAAGAGAUUAUCCUCUCUGCUGAUAGUGACCCAAGUGGUGAACCAGUUUACGGAGGUCGUGGUUCCUUUCCUUGUGGACCGUUUUAUGUCAACUUCAGAAAGGAACCUGAAGGAAGAUGAUCCAGAAGUGGACCAUCUUCAAGCGCAGGGAAACCUACCAGCUUUCCCAGGCCUGUUUGCCGAAUACAUUGAGCUUCUGGUUCAGUUUGGGUACCUGAGUCUGUUCUCCUGUGUCUACCCUCUGACCGCCCCCCUGUUGCUGCUCAAUAACUUCACAGAGAUUCGGACAGAUGCCUACAAACUUUGCAAGCUCUUUAACAAGCCCUUCUCUGCCCCUGUGGCCAACAUGGGCGUAUGGCAGGUCGCGUUUGAGGUGUUGAGCUUCAUAUCGGUAAUGUCUAACUGCUGGCUGUUGCUUCUGUCGCCGCGUGUGAAGGAUCUCACACAGGACGCUGGUCUCAGCAGUGGUCAAGUCCUUGUCUUUGCCGUCAUCGUGGAGCACGCCCUCAUUGCAGCGAAAAUGAUUCUGGCUUUCAUUAUUCCUGAUGAACCGGAUUGGGUCCGAAUCAAGAGAGAACAAAUCGAGUUUCAUUCUAUGCAGGCUCUCAAGAAGCAGAGGGUUAAGCGCAUCCAGGUGGAUGACACGCUCCCCCUGAAGGACAAACUCUGAGACCACAAUCUUGCCCGAGAGGAAGAAUGAGUGGUGCGUUGCUGCUUAUACGUAUAAAGCCAUAUCACUUCGCCAUUGUAUACUGAGCUUGAUGAUGCACCUUAUGGCUUAGUUUACCAAAGACAGAUUAUACAUUUGAUAGGGUAUUUAAACCUUGAUAAUUGUUUUUGUCAGUGAUGCCCUUUUAAAGACUACUGAUAUGCAUUAUAAACGUCACAGAAGAUGACACGUCCUAUGCUGCAGUUUUGAAUAGUUCACCCCCCAAAAAUGCAAAUUUUUGUCAAAUGUGUAUGAUAUUCUUCCAUGGAACACAAAAGGAGAUUUUGGAAGAAAACUACAGUAAAAAGCAGUGAAUAAUGACUAUAUCACCCCCCAAAAAAUGUGGAUCUUGAUAUUUUAUGAAAGUGUAAAUAUUUCUCCAAAUCUUUCUUUGUGUUCAUUGGAAGAAAAGCAUAUAGGUUCAGAAUAACAUGACGGUGAGUUUUAUACAAACAGUUUUUUUAAUUGUAUAUUUUUACAUUGGUUUCUUACUCUAGUUUUGUGUUAAUAUAUUGCAAUGAUUGUAACAUUGUUUUUAUUCUUGGUUGCAUUUUACAUUUCAUCAAAACUGUACAACCGGUUUCGCUGCCAUAAAUAACUGCCCAAAGUUGGCUUCAGUAAACAUGUUAUGCAAA